GCUAACAUGGCAGAUGAAUUGGACAUUGUGGACAUAGAGGGGGAUGAAACUGAAGCCAGUAUGAGGGACAUCAUGCCGGGUGGAGGCAUCCACCAGGAUCAAUAUUUACAAUCAGCAUGGAGUACGAACAGCACAAUCCUGCCUUGGAACCUGGACAGCUCCAUAAGUGCAGAGAACAGAGAGGUCAUUGAGAGCAUGCUUCUGGAGGAGCAGUAUUAUCUUGCUGGUAAAGAGCUGCCAAAGAACAUGUGGACUGGUGACAAGCAGAAAGUGAAACGGUCUCCUGUGAAAUCAACUGGAACAACUGUCCGAUGGGCUCAGGAGGAAAAGGAUCUUUUUGAAAAAGGAUUGGCCCAGUUUGGUCGGAGAUGGACGAAGAUUGCCAAGCUGAUAGGCAGCCGUACUGUUCUUCAGGUGAAGAGCUAUGCAAGACAGUAUUUCAAAAACAAGGCCAAAUCAGAUAUUCCAGUGCUGGCAACAUCAGCAGUCUCUCAGAAUCCCCCGAAUGGGGAGAUCCCAGGCCUGGAGGCGAGUUCUGGCAGUCUGGCUGCGGACCACAUUUCAGUGCUUUCCAACGCAGUGAGGAUUGAGAGGCUGUCCGACGACGAAGAUGUGGACAUCACAGAUGACCUCAUCGAUGAUGCUCCCCUGCUGAGUGGCAAGGCGGACUCCUGUGAGCAAGGGUCUUCAGAAGAGCUGGACAGUCAAGGGGAGCCCAGCCAAAGCCCCCAGUCUCCCGCCAGCCACGUCCCCAAACCCUCCUCCUGCCCCUCAGAACAACCCCAUGAUGGGGAGGCUGCAGAGGAAAAUGUGCACUCUGCUUGGGCUCAGUGUGACCCAAAACGUGGAGAGGAAGCAGAUCAUCAGCCCUGCAAUCCUGGCAGCCCAGAUGGAGGGUCUCAGUCAGAGAGCGAGGACACUGAUGGAGCAGCUCAAACAGAGAGAGAGGCGCAGCUGGGAGAGGAGCUUGAAGAGGAAGAAGAAGAGCUGAAGGCACCGGAGCAUGAAGUGCGGCUGGAUACAAGUGCCAUCACAGAAGAGGAGAAACAGGCCAUCUCUGAGUUCUUUGAGGGCCGUCCAUCCAAGACCCCUGAAAGAUACCUAAAAAUCAGGAACUACAUCCUGGACCAGUGGGAGAAGAGCAAACCUAAAUACUUGAAUAAGACGUCAGUGCGGCCAGGCCUGAAGAACUGCGGUGAUGUGAACUGUAUAGGGCGAAUACACACUUACCUGGAGCUCAUCGGCGCCAUCAACUUCAACUGUGAACAGGCAAUCUACAACAGACCAAGGGUAGCAGAUCGCUCUCGAGUAAAGGAGGGCAGGGACGCCCUGGAGGCCUACCAGCUGGCGCAGAGGCUGCAAUCCAUGCGCACGAGGAAGCGGAGAGUGCGGGACAUGUGGGGAAACUGGUGUGACGCCAGGGACUUGGAGGGACAAACCUUUGAGCACCUGAGUGCAGAGGACCUGGCCCGGAGGAGGGAGGAGUCCCGCAAGAGGCAGCCCAGGCCCAGCAAGGUCCCCAGACAGAAAGGCUCCUUUGACCCCUUUCAGCUCAUCCCCUGCCAGGCCUUUGGAGAACAGAAGCAGGAACCAUUCCAAGUGCAAGUUUGCGCAGAAGCACUUGUGGUGAUGGACAUGCAUGCGCAUGUGUCCAUGGGUGAAGUCAUUGGUCUACUGGGAGGAGCAUACAGUGAGGCAGAUAAAGUGUUAAAGAUCUGUGCUGCGGAGCCCUGUAACAGUCUGAGCACAGGAUUGCAGUGUGAGAUGGAUCCAGUCUCUCAGACGCAGGCUUCAGAGCUCCUGGCUGGCCAGGGCUACAGUGUGGUGGGCUGGUACCACUCGCAUCCUGCCUUUGACCCCAACCCCUCUCUGCGUGACAUUGACACACAGGCCAAGUACCAGAGCUACUUCUCCCGGGGUGGAGCCCCCUUCAUUGGGAUGAUCAUCAGCCCCUACAACCCCACCAACGCCUCGCCCCACUCCCAGACCACCUGCUUGGUAGUGAGUGAGGAGGUUGGCCCCACAGGAUCUCACAAGCUUCCUUUCCGGUUUGAGAUUCAGCGGUCGUGUGAGGAGCCGCAUUGGGCCCAGGUGCUGAGGAGGGCCGAGUGGGUGGUGCACAAGUACAGGCUGUCGCACGGGAGUGUGCCAAUGGACAGGCUUUUCCGCCGAGAUUCUCACCUCACCUGCUUGGAAAAAAUGCUGGCUUCACUUAGGAGGUUCUUGGAGCUGCUGCAGGACAGUGUGGUGAACACCUUCCUGGCCCAGAUUGAGACGCUCUUCCUCUCGGAGUUCAUUGCUGAAACAAAGAGCAGCCAGGAUGAUGCCUGUGCUGACGCACUAGUCAUUGAUUCCCUCAGGUUCUCCGCUGUGCAGCCACUCAGCAGUGAGGAAGAUUUGACUGCAGAGACAGUCAGCACAGAGGAAGGGUCAGCCUCUUCCGCAUUGACCCAAGUGGUGGAGAUUGGGAUGGGAUCUGCUCUUCAGCCAGAAAGUCUGGAGGCAGAGAGGGGAUCUACUCCAGCCAGCCCAGAGGAGGUGAACAGAGCCAGUGUACAAUCAGCCAGCCUAGUGCAGACCCCCUAACACAGGGUGGGAUAUACUGCUACAAAGCUAUUUUUCCAUCCAAAGAGUCAAUGAUAUAAGAUUUAACACAAAAUAUUUCCUCCUCUCCACUUGCCCAUUUGUAUUCUGCUUGAAGAGAAGCAACAAUUUAAUGACA